CCCAAACCCUAUCACAUUUGCGACAUGCUACCAUAUAUACAAUUUUAAUUCUCUCACACAAGCCUACUUUCCUCUCCUUUACAUCACCUGGGAACAUCUGGCUUGGGUUUCUUCUUCUUAUUCUUCUUCUUCUCCAUUCCUUGUUCUCUUUGUGCUCGCUAUUUUCUCUUACAACUGUCCAUAGAUUGUGAAUUUUUGUUUCAGAACUUGUUUGGGUUGCGCUGAGCUAAAGACCCCUCCAGGACCUCUGAGCGUUCUGCCCAUAACCUCCCGGGGCUUAAUACUCGGACCAAACACCAAGAUAUCAUCUUGGGAGCUGAGGUCUUUUCCCAGUGCGCAACCAUCUUACCCUAGGCGUUUUUUUCAAUGCAAAGAGCAGUCCAAUCAGCUAUUGUCAACAUGGCAUGGCAACCAGAGGAGGAACCAUUGAGGCAGCUAGCCGGAUUCCUGAAUGACUCCCUCAAUGGUUUUGAUCAUGCUGUACAGAAACACGCCGAGCAUAUGCUCGCGCAAGCGACAUCAUCACCGGAUUUCGUGAACUAUCUAUCGUACCUCAUCUGCACCGCCCAGGUGCCAUCCGCGAUUGGCUUCGACGCAAACCAGUAUGUCGUAAUCCGAGUAGCUGCCGCGAUGAACCUCAAAACAAAACUGCGCGUGGCGUACGGAACGAUUACUCCGAACAGCCUAGGGUAUAUCCGUUCCUCAUCCAUGGUCGCAUUGCAGGACCCGUCGGGCCAGGUUCGGAACGCAUCAGGCUCGAUAAUAUCAGAGAUGGUGAAACAAGGUGGCGUAUUAUCAUGGCCGACGCUCUUUGAGGAACUCUUGUCGUUGGUCGGCAACUCCACCGGAUCUGUCCCAAUAGUUACUCAAGAGUCGGCCAUGUCCGCCUUGGAGAAGGUAUGCGAGGAUAACCGGAAGAUCCUGGACAGAGACUACCAAGGCCAGCGCCCGCUAAGUAUCAUUCUGCCGAAAUUGAUGGAGUUUACUGCCAGCCCCAGCCCAAAAGUCCGUUCCAUGGCCCUAUCCACCGUCCAGAUGUUUAUCUCCUCUAGACCCGAUGCUCUCAUGGGUGCAUUGGACACCUUUGUCCACGAACUCUUCAAGCUGGCCCAUGAUCAGGACACGGAUGUACGGAAGACAGUGUGCCAGUCAAUUGUGCAGCUUGUCGAUGUCGCCCCGGAUAAACUGGCCCCCCAUAUGGAAGGCUUAGUGAACUAUAUAAUCAUGCAGCAAAAUAAUAUCGAAGACCCGGAGCUCGCGCUCGAUGCAGCUGAAUUCUGGUUGACGGUUGGCGAACAGAAACAGCUGCAGCAGUCCUUAGUGCCGUAUCUCGGAAAAGUCAUUCCUGUUUUACUCCAUAAUAUGAUAUACGAUGAGGAUGAUGCGGCGUUGUUGGCAGGUGAAGAAGACGAUGCCGAGUUCGAAGACAAGGAAGAGGAGUUGAGACCACAAUUUGCGAAGAGCAAAGGUGCAAGGCUACCUGGUUUGAAGAGUGGUGACCAGCCCAACGGUGACGGGAAAGCUGCGCAAGAAGAGGAUGAUCUGAGUGAUGGCGAAAUCGAAGAUGACUCCGACUACGGGGAUGACCCAGAGGAUGAGUGGACCGUGAGGAAAUGCUCGGCCGCUGCUCUCGAUGUUUUUGCCACCGUUUACCAUCAGCCAGUUUUCGAGACUAUCCUGCCUUACCUGAGGGAUAACUUGAAGCACGCCAAAUGGACCAACAGAGAGGCUGCUGUGCUAGCCUUGGGAGCCAUUGCCGACGGUUGCAUGGAUUCGGUGACGCCUCAUCUUCCCGAACUCAUUCCCUACCUUAUCUCUCUUUUGUCUGACCCAGAACCUAUCGUGAGAAAAAUAACGUGCUGGUGUUUAGGAAGAUAUUCUGAAUGGGCGGCGCAUCUAGAGCCGACCGAAAAAGCCCGCUUUUUUGAACCGAUGAUGGAAGGUAUCCUUCAUAGGAUGUUGGAUAACAACAAAAAGGUCCAAGAAGCCGCUGCAUCUGCUUUCACAAGUUUGGAAGAAAAGUCCGAUGCCAACCUGAUACCUUACUGCCAGCCCAUUCUCCGCCAAUUUGUGUUGUGCUUCCAAAAGUACAAGGAUCGCAAUAUGUACGUUCUAUACGAUUGUGUGCAGACACUGGCCGAAUCUGUGAUGUCGGAGCUCGCUAAACCCGAACUCGUUGAAAUAUUGAUGCCGGCCCUCAUCGAGAGAUGGCACAAGGUGUCGGAUCAAUCCAGAGAACUUUUCCCGCUUCUUGAAUGUUUAGGAUACAUUGCCUCUGCAUACGGAGAUGCGUUCUCUCCAUUCGCGCCUCCAAUCUUUGCCAGAUGUAUCAAGAUCCUGUACGAAAAUAUUCAGGAAUACAUCAAUGCAGUCAAUAACGCAACCGGCGACGAACCAGACAAGGACUUUUUGGUAACCAGCUUGGAUCUCCUGAGCUGUAUCAUCCAGGCGACCGAUCCUCAGAAGAGCGGAGAGCUUGUCGCAAACUCACAGCCACGGUUCUUUGACCUUCUUUGCUACUGUUUGCAAGACCCCAACGGUGAAGUCAGGCUUUCAUCUUAUGCUUUACUUGGGGACUGUGCAAUCAACCUUUUCCCUCACCUCCAACCGUUCCUCCCGACGAUUAUGCCAGUUCUCAUCAAACAGCUUGAUUUGGAUUUGAUACGGGACGAUGACUCGGCGAGUGGCCUUAGUGUGAUCAAUAACGCGUGCUGGGCGUGUGGUGAAAUCGCCAUACACGCCAAGGCCGCCAUGGCGCCGUAUUUGGAGAGUCUAUAUCAAGCUUUUGCUAUAAUCAUGAGCAAUGAAGAGGUGCCUGACUCGGUGAACGAAAACGCAGCUAUCGCCCUUGGACGACUCGGAUCUGGUUGCCCGGAGCAACUUGCCCCACAUCUUGCACGCUUUGCUGAGAUGUUUCUCCGGGCUAUGUCCAAAGUUGAAUUCACGCGGGAGAAGUCCAGUUCGUUUUUGGGGUUCAAUCAAGUGGUCCAGCAGAACCCCAAAGCGAUGGAGAGCUGCCUCGGAGAGUAUUUCCAUGCUAUCGCACUGUUCCCUAUGAAGUCGCUAAGUCAGCCCGAGUUCACCAGCUUACAACAUUCCUUUCAACAGGUGCUACAAGGUUAUAAGAGCCUGAUACCGGAUUUCAACGCCUUCCUUUCGUCAUUACCGGUCAACGUCACACGGAAACUUCAAUCGAGUUAUCAAUUAUAGUGAAAAUAAAAUAAUGCGACCAAAAGGGCACAAGGCAGUCUAGAUAUUAAUUUCCCUUUGUGCCUGUUGAUAUUGCAUGAACCUUUGCUUUCUCUGAAUAUGUUUUCAAUCAUGGGGAGAGAAAAGAAGAUCCAUAUGAAACGGCCUGGGAUUUAUGAUGUAUGUUUUGGAUUUCUCACUUCGCUAGGCAUUGUAGAUACAAUGAUGACAAGGAGCUGGAAAUGAGGUCAUCCUGAGUGCAGUUGAAACAUUCC